AUGUAUCGCAUUGCCAGUAGAAAGCGUCGCUGUAAAGUCGUUCAGCGUCAAAAUGUCAUCUUGGUUUGUUGGCCUGGUCGAUCAUGCUACCUGUUCUCUCCCAACAGUAUCGACUUCGCUGGAGCCAAUUCCUUCUGCCGGUUUUUCCGAAGUCGCUUGGCCGUCAUCAAAACAAAUUACGAAGAUAAUUUGAUCAAGAGUUACCUGCACAGACAUGGCAAAGGCGCUACCUUCUACAUCGGUGGCACUGACCUGAGAGGAGAGGGAAUCUUCACCUGGGAGCGCCCUUUGGCGAAGAAACUAAGAUACAAGGGGUGGCAGCCAGGUGAACCUAAUAAUGACAAGGGUAGAGAACAUUGCAUGACCAUGCGUCCAACAGCUGGGUACAGGUGGAAUGAUGUACCCUGCCAUGACAAGUUCAGGUUCAUUUGUGAACGACGUCAUUAACAAUUCCGUCACAAAUGUAAGAAGAAUAUGCAAUGACAAUACUAGUGUCUUGCUGAAUACAAACGUCUAACAUCCA